AUGAAGGUGGGGGCCUUAUUCCUUGAUUUGUUGCGAAAACCCAUUCAUCCGCAGUAUGGCGUGUUAAGUUCAUGGGAUUUAUCCAGGGAGGAGGUGGUGAAGCUCAAAACGGUGGCGAUUCAGGAGGUGAUGGGCGCCGUGGUGGAUCCCUCCAUCGGCCUUGAAUGGCUGGCGAAGGUGUUAGGGAUGGAUUCGCGCGACCCCGUGGGAAACCCUCCGAAGCGCUCCGAGAUCGCGUUCGAAUCCAUCAUGGAACGGCUCGCGCGAGGUGGAAAUUCCUUUCAUCUCCUCCCCUUGCACCCUCAAGACGAGGCGGUGUUAACCUCCCCGGCGUUGAUUGGGGUGGUAGCCUCGACGCUGAUUCGAUCGGGGGCGAUGCCUUCCAAACAAAAGGCGCUUUCGCUCUUAGAAGCGGCCGCCGUCGCGCGGUUACCCCCGCAAUCGAAUCAUUUGCUCACCGAUGAGGUCCUCGCGCACUGCGCCGAGGCGGCCGCGGUCGCCGGGGAUCCCGAGAUGGUUACCCGGCUGAUGGUUUUGCUUUAUCGAUUUCACGGUGCGUUGGCUUCCGGGCGGGGACGGGAGCCCCGGAACGGAUCCCGUGCGGCUCGCAACCCUUUCCCGUCCCUUCGUCAGGCGUGGGGGCGGUUCCGCGCGCAGGUGGGGUUGCCUCGUGGGGCCGACGCGGAAGGGCGACCGGGGGCUUCCCUCGCGCCCGCGAUCCCCCUCGGCGGCGACGCCGACGCCGCGUUUGAGCGGAGCGCGAUUCGGCUCCUGAAAAGCGUCGUUCGCGCCGUGUUGGAUGCCCCGCCUUCGCCGUUGGGACGCCCGUUGGAGGCCUUCCCCGCCGCGGCGUCGUCCUCGCUGGCUGAAACCGAUCCCUCGCCACUGGCCUCGUUGGAGGAGGCGCUCGGGGUGUUUCGCGCGCUGCGCGGCGCGACGAGUUGGGGUGGCGUCGUCGGGAUGGCGAUUGAGCUGCUUCGCCGGAUCGCGCGACUGCAACAACCCGCCCGGGCGCGUGCGCGUGGGCCUUCGCGGUCGACGCCGUCGGAGGCGGUUUCCAUGCGCGCGUUAUCCCGCGCGGAGGUCGCGCGGCUCGGGGGUUAUGCCUUGGACCUCCUUGAGGUCGUGCGCAGGGGGAUCCCUGCUUCCCACGCGGAACGGCUCCUCCCGGCGUGCGUCGAGCUUGGCCUGCAGGGGUGCGUGCCCGGGAUCGCGCGAAUCCUGCAAUCCCCUUUAGGGGGGAUGCCCUUUGCCGCCCCGAUCGCGUCCGUGUUUCCCGUGGUCGAUCCCACGGCGCUGCUCGGGGUCUUUCCCGAGGCCUUUGGGGAAGGGAUGGAAAAGGGGGGGUGGCUGCCGUACGCCCUCGCGGCGGCGAUUCGGCUGCUCGCGGAAAGGGUCGACCUCGCCCGGGAGGGGGGGGGAACGGCAACGGAACCCCGGGAUUCCCCGACCGAUCGCCCGUCCCCUUUACGACAGUUACGAGAUCACUUCCGGGAUGUCCAGACGCCCUUGUCGUACAUCGCGCGGGCGGGAACGACCCCUGCGGAGGGGCUUACAGGGGGGUUGCUUUUAUUUCUCGCGUUGAUGCUCGCGCCCGGGCAUUGGGAGGACCCUUGGACGGCCGCGUUCACCUCAGAGAUCUGUGGAGGUGGCGAGAGGAGGGAUGGGGGGUCCCGCCUCGCGCGGAUUCGACAAAUCCAACACGACUGGCUAAGCCUCGCGGCCGAGGGCCCCCGUCGUUGGUUAUGGCAUCUUCUGCGUUCCGAUUACGCCCACCGGUUGCGCGAGGCGGGGAUUCCGGAAGCCUCGACGGGGACCCCUUUUCCUUCCGCCAAGGGGUUCCCCCCCCCUCAUCUGCAUCAAGCCUUGAAGGCGAACACGGCGUUGAUGUGUGGGAUCGUGGGAAAUCCCGCACGGGAGGGGCAUCCGCCGGAGUCUGGCGAGCUCGCGCGGGUGUUGUAUCGUUUUGGGAUCGCCCCUUCCGAUUUUCCCCACGUGGAUCACCUGCUGAGUCGUUGGAUGGGGUUUCCCAUCCAAACCACCCCGCUCACGCGGGGAAUCAAUGAAAACGGAGGGGCCAAUCCCACCCGACCGGACAAAAAGAGGUCCUCCCGGUCCUCACCCGUGGAGCUCGCGGUGGUGAUCAGCGUGGGAACGUUGGAAAAGCUCCAUCCCCCCCCUUGCCCCCCCGGCGAGGACUGGGAGGUUGGAUUUUUUGAACGCCUCACACAACAAACCCUUCGCCCGUGGCUUCCGUCCUCCUGCGAGGCGUUCCACCUCACGUUUAUUCUCACCUACGACGGGCUUCGGUAUCUCCAACGCGGCAUCGCGGCGGCCGAGGAGGGGAGGGGGGCGGCGGAUUUGGGGGGGUUUUCAACCGCCCUCCUCGCGAAGCUGCAGGGGGGGCCGUCGAUGCGGGAAACGCCGGGGUAUCGGUGUUGCGUGGCCGCCCCCCACACCCUCCCUCGCGGCGCCUUUGCUUCGAUGUUUUCGAUGGAUGGCGAAGGGGCGUGUUUAGAUGGCGCCGCCGAGGCGUGUUUUCUCGCGCACCAGUUUCGAAGCACCCCCCACCGCACCGCGGAAGGUCCGAUCGCGGAGGUUUUUUUCUGGAAUGAAGACGAAGGGGCGAUGCGCGAGGCGGCGCCGACGACGCCACGACUCCUCGAAGCGAACCACGUCCGGGUGGUAUCCGUCCGGCGAGCUCAAAUCCAAAAGGCGAAGCACGUCAUUUUUCAACUUCUACAAAACCCACCCCUCCCUUCCUCCGCGGGGAAGUUGUCGGGAGCGCGGAUUCAGCGAUUCUCGCCGUCCGUCGAGGGGCGUACUUUUGAUGGUGUGGAGGAUCGCCACGAUGCAAGAGGAGGUGUUUCGAGCGGUGAACAAGGAGAGCUGAGGUGA